AACAGCUUUUGCAUGUCUUGGAAGCGCGAAGGAUGUGUUGUUGGCCUGAUCAUACCAACUCGAGUCAGGAUCGCAGUUGGUCGUGUCUUGGCCAACAUCAAAGCAAUCCUUCGAUCGCCUCUUUAAGCGCCGGACAGCCAAUGCUGGGAAACUCGAUAGCAACUUUGAUGUUGGUUUGUUACACGAUCGUCGGGCUGUCUGAGGAUACAUGCUUGGCCAACAUAACGGAAGGCUUCGGCGCUCACAAAAGAAGGCAUUGCGGUGUAUGAGUAGGUAAUGCUUGGCUGUGUAGCACGGUUGGCCUGAUGAAGGAAGGUCUCUCGUCCGUACUAAUAUCAAGGUUGCCCUUGCGAUUUCUCAACUUCUCUCAUUCUCCU